AUGGUGAACCCUGCCACCGAAAGCGCUGCUCUUGUACUAUGCGGCUUAUACGAAGAUCGAGACAACAAGGAAAAUGUUGGGCCUUCAUUGCCGACUCCUAGUCCUUCUCCGGCGUUGCCAACCCCUCCAUCAUCGGAUGACCGGCUUCAUGUCACGGACAGUCCACCUCCAUCACAACCAAAGCUACCACAGUGUCUGGAGCCUUCAAUUCCGCCGCCGCAAUGUCACCCCGCUGUCCGUUUUGACCUAGACCAUCCCUCUUUGACUCCAGGGGCGAACUGUACCCAUUCUCAGCUUUUGCUUUCACAUCAAGAAAGGAACUCACACCCCGGCCGCCCUGCAUUACACCUCAGGGGCUUGUUCAGCAACAAUAAGCUUCUCCCACCAUCUGGCCCUGAUCCGAAUCGACAUCGGCAGCUAUCGUAUCAUGAGGACGGCACUCGGAGAGAAGGGGGUGCUAGAAAUGAGGGCUCUCCUCGGGGAAAAGAGGUUUGA